AUGUUAUAAGUUGAAAGAACACUAAGGCCAAAAAAAUCAAUUUCAAAAAGCCUGAUAUUAUAAUAGCCAGAGCCAAUAGAAUAAGAUCACACAGGAAAAGCUAAAGAACAUUUUUAACACCUCAGAUAAAAACUUAAAGUAAUUCAUUAAGCAGCAUCCCCUAUUCCAGCUCCAAAUGAAUCUAAUCAAGUAUAGCAACCAAAAAGAACUGAUAAAAAAGGAAAGAAAUUUAAAUAAUAAAAAGCUCAUUAUUAACUGGAAGUUUCAGAUACAAGUUCUUCAAUUACAGAUGAAUCUUUUGAUAAAGAUAUAAAAAGUGAAUUCUUUGUUGCCAAAGAAAAUCUAAAAAAGUUAAGUAGGUAAACAAAUCAAAAUAAGAACACUUCUUUCUAAACUAAUUCUCCCUUAUAUUAAUAAGGGAAGAAUGAAUCAUAAAAAAAUGAGUCUCAGUAAGGAAUAGAAAAUAAUUAAGAUUUAGAUAAGAUCAAUAUUAAUUUUGUGAAAUCUUUAGAACAUAAUAUGGAUUGUAAAAAUAUCUAAGAAUUUUAUGAAGAGGGAUAUUUAAAUAUUCAAAUUCAAAGUGAUGAUUUACAAUCAUUUUUAAGAUUUGAACAUGAAGUUUAAGAAAUGAUUCAUAGAUCAUAAUAAUUUGUAAAUAAUAAAUAAAUGCAUGAAGGUUUAUAAGAGGAACUUGUGAAUUACGAACUUUACUAAAAUAAAUAAAGAUUAGAAAGAGAAGUGAAAUAAAAGGAAUUUAUAUAGAGAAUCAUGUUAUAAGAAUAAUAAAAAUAGAACUUUUUAUAAAGAGUUAAAACAAAAAAAAUUGGUGAUAUUGCUAAUAAAUUUAUUGACCAUCAUCAUCUAGACAUUAGAAAUGAUCCAAUAUCUUAAGGUCAUCUUAGUAGAAGAAAACAAGAAUUGCAGUAAUGA